AUGAAAAUUAUAUUGAGUUUAUUGUUAAGCUUGUUGAUAAUUCGAUGUGAGAAAAGUUUGGGUUCAAAAAUAGAGAGUUUAUUAUAAACAUAAUUAGGUCAUACAUUAUUAUCAACAGCAUAAUUAGCAUUAUAAACAAAUACACCUUUAGAUAGGUAAAUUGGUUAUCUACUAUAGAAUAAUAGAUACUUUGUAAGAUUUAGAAGAUAAAUAUUAAAAAGAUUAGAAGGAGGAAGAUUAGGAAAAUAGAGAGUUUCAAUAAAAAUGUGAUGAGGAUCUGAAAAAUUUGAAUGAUGAGAUAGAUGGAAUAAAAAGAUAGAAAGUAAAGAUUUAAGGAGGAAUAGAUUAAUUAAAAGCAAGUAUAGAGUAUAUUAAAGAAAAAUAUUGAAUAGAUCAAAGAAAAAGAUUUUAGAUGAUAAAAAUGCAUUGAGAAAGAACUUGAGAAAAGGAAUGAAUGAAGUAGAUGUGAUAAGAGAAUAUUAAGAGAAAAUAUAUGAAGAGAAGAGAGGUGAAGUAAGUAAGAUAAUAAAGACAUUGGAAGAGGUGAAAUUAGUUUAUGCUUCAAAAUUAAGAACAAACUUUAUGGAAUUAUAGACUGAGAAAACAAAAGUAUAACCAGAAGUUUUUGGAGAAGUAACAAAACAUUUAGUAAGUGUUGGUAAGUUUAAAUCAUUAGGGAAACCUUUUUAAAAUAUAAUAGAUUUUAUGAUUUAGAUGAGUAAGAAUGGAAAUAAUAUUGGUGUAUUAAGAAAUAUAAUAGAUUUAAGUGAAUCUUUAAUAAGAUAAAUAGAUGAAAUUUGGUAGGUAGAAAGAAAAGCUGAAGAGGAGAGAGUUAGAUGGUAUAGUGAAUAUUAAAAAUUUAUGGAUACUGAUUUUAAGAUAUAUGAUAAGGAAAUAGGAGAAUUAGAAGCUUAACUUUAAUCAUUAAGAGAUAGACUAUCAGAGAAUUAAAGGAAAAUGGAUGAUUUGAAUUUGAGACUUGAAUCAAAAGAAUAUAGUAAAGAUGAUAGAAGAGAAGAAUGUUAAUAAGCAGCAUAUGAUUAUACUUAAAGAAGAACAUCUAGAUCAGAUGAUCGUAAUAUUGUAUCUGAAGUGGUUGGAUUACUAAAUGUUAAUAUGAGAGAUCUUAAAGAAACUCUAGCUUAGAAAAUGGCUGCUGGAGAUCGUAUUUGAUAUAUUUGAAGAUGG